AUGACACAAUCUUCUGCGGUGAACCAACAAUAUAAACUAUCAGUAGUGUCUGGUGGUAAGCCAAUACUACCAAGAUACGCCAAUUCUUCAAGUUUAAACAAAAGUGUCACUUGCUUAACCCAUGAUUUAUUAAACUAUAUUGUUCCGUUCAACAACCAAUUAAAAAUAUAUUCUAUUGAAACUAGACAAUGUAUCAAAACAAUUAAAUUUGCUAAUAGUGAUUUGUUAAUGUCUAUUUUCUCUGAUGACGAUACUUUUGUAACCGAUAUUAAAUUGGGAAAUAUCGUUGACACUAGUAAUGGAAACGCCAUCGAUGUUAACGAUAAAGAUAUCACAAUCUUUACAAAUCAUGGUUACAUUGUUGUUUUACAAUACAAGGGUAAAUUACUUGAAAAUCCAUUGAAUUUUAAAUUGGAUUUGAAUGAUGGAGAAUUUGUUUCAAAAAUUUUCCAAGAUGAAGAAACUGGCGCCACUAAAGUAUUAACUACUAAGCAGUCGGACAUUAAAUCAUCUCUAUUUACUUAUAACCUUUAUUCAUUAUCAUUCAAUGACAAUAAACUACAAUCUAAGUUAGAUAGAUCUUUUGAGAAUACUAUAUUAUCAACCUGGUCCACCAAUGAUAAAUUUUUAGCAUUAUUACAUGAAUCUGAAGGCAAAAAACAAUUAUCCAUUGCAUCGGUUUUCGAUGUCUUAGAGGAAGUUAAAUCUUUCCCUGUUUCUUCCAUCUUAUCAGCUACAACUUCAACUGGUUCCGCAAACUCAAGAUAUGUCACUUCAAUGGCUAUAGAUAAUACCAACUCUCAAUUAGCAUUAGGUUUUGCAUCAGGUGUUAUCACUAUAGUAGAUGUCUCAGAUUUGAAAACUAGAUUACUAAAAUGGCACAUCGAUUCUGUUUUGUCAUUAGCUUUUACUAAAGAUGGUUCGUACUUAUUGUCUGGUGGUUGGGAAAAAGUAGUAAUUUUUUGGCAACUAUCAACAAACUUACAACAAUUCUUACCACGUUUGAAUGGUGUUAUGAUAGAUUGUCAAUCUAUUGGUAAUGAUAAAUACUACUCACUAGCGUUACAGAUGAGUGAAAAUAGAAGUAAUUCGGAUUUCCAACUACUUCUAUUGAAUGCAGCAGACUUAAAAUCAAGUUUAUCUAUCAACGGUCCACUGCCAGUAUUUAAUAGUACCAUCAAAGAUUCAGUACAACUAUUAUCAGCUGUUUCUACUAGAACAUCUACAAAUAUUUCCAAAGCAUCAAUGUCAAAGAAGAAGCAAAAGAAGAAAUUACUGAAGAGUAAGAGACAAGACUAUACAACAUGCAUCGAAAUACAUCCAACAAGUAAACACUUAGUUUUCCCUCAUAUGUCUGCAAUUCAAACAUAUGAUUUUUAUAGAAAUGAACAAAUUGCAUACCAAUAUCUAACAUCUGGUAUAAACAAUUCCAUGGGUAAAGUUAGAUUUGAAUUAAAUAUAAGAGAUCCAGAAGUUGUUGAUGUGAAAUUUACUAAGAACGGUAAGUGGAUGAUUACAAGUGAAAUAGAAUACCCACCUGCAGAUUUGUUAUCAUCUAAGGAUUUAAUUUAUCACUUGAAGUUCUGGUAUAAGAAUGAUCAAGACUCUGAUUGGGCUUUAAAAACAAAAGUUAUAAACCCACAUGGCUUAAAUGUCCCAAUUACAAAGAUCAUUUCAUGUCCAUAUUCUGUGAAUAAUUCUGAAGGUUGUAUUACCGCUGAUAAUAACGGUGGUUUGAAAUAUUGGUCCUAUGAAGAUCAUGAAAAAAAUUGGUGUUUAACAAAAAUCUCAUUACCUAAUUUCAAUCACUUUAGUAAUUCUGUGUCAUUAGACUGGUCUCAAGAUGGUAGUUUAGUUUUCCACGGGUUUGAUGACAAGUUAACCAUAUUGGAUUUCGAUACCUUCAGAAAAUUUGAAACUAGCGACAACGAUAAGAUACCAAAUGAAUAUACGUUAGAUACUGAGAUUCAAACAAUUAAGUUAGUCAAUAGUUCUAACAUAAUUAUUGCUACUCAGACCACACUAUGUUCAUUGAACCUACUGAUGGGUAAGAUUAUCAAUAGUUUUGAUAUUUAUCCAUUCGUCAAAGGCAUCUAUAAGAAUGGUCAUUUGGACAGAUUAAUAUCUUGUGAUGAGAAGUCAGGUAAAAUAGCAAUUGUCAUCAAUCGUCAAGUCAAAGACGAGAGCGGAAAUCCAACAUUGAAACAUAAAGCUCAAAUUAUUGCAUUUAACUCUGAUUUGUCUAAUAGACUAGGAACUUUUGUUCAUAACGAGUAUGUUUCUUGGAUUGGCUGGAACCACGAUACCGACUUUAUUUUCCUAGAUACUGAAAGUAGAUUAGGUAUAGUCGGAACUACUGUGAAUACAGAGAUGUUGGAUGAAGUUAACACAACCAGUGUAUUCGAGGGAUCUACAAACAGGGAUACAUUUGCUUCAGAAUUAAAGAAACUAUCAGAUAGCAAAUCUACGAAUGAUGAUGAAAUGGAAGAUAUCAACCUUGAAUUCAUCAACGGUAACACUAACGAUAAAACAAUCAAUAUGAACAGUUUCACCAGCAUGUUCGAAAACGUUCAAAAUGUACAAAUGUAUACCUUAUUCGAUCGUGUCAUGAAAGUGAUAACGUAA